CCUUCCCCGGGCCGGGGCGAUGGUGAAGCUCGCUGCCAAGUGCCUCCUGGCAGGAGAUCCAGCUGUGGGGAAGAGUGCUUUAGCCCAGAUGUUCCGCAAUGAUGGGGCUCAUUUUCAGAAGAACUACACGCUAACAACGGGCAUAGAACUGUUGGUGAAGGCUGUAUCAGUUCCAGAGACAAGUGAUAGUGUGGAAUUCUUCAUUUUUGACUCUGCAGGAAAAGAUCUAUUUUCUGAAAUGCUGGAGAAGCUGUGGGAGCAACCCAACGUCCUGUGCCUUGUGUAUGAUGUCACUAAUGAGCAAUCUUUCAACAACUGUGCCAAGUGGUUGGAGAAGCUGAGGGCUCAAGCAGUUGGAGUGCACAUCCCAGGUGUCUUAGUGGGGAAUAAAACAGACUUGGUUGGUCGUCGAGUUGUGGAGCAGAAACAAGCACAGGAGUGGGCUGAGAAACAUGGCCUGGAAUACUGUGAGAUGUCAGUGAAGGAGAUGAAAAAUUUUGAGACCCCUUUCUACAUCCUGGCAAAGUCAUUCCACCAACUGUACAAAGAGAAAGUGGAAACUUUUCACUCGUUAGCUUGAGGGCCAUGACUGACAUGACUUAUUUAUCCUCUAAGCUUCUUCUAGUGCCCAGAAUCCUGCAGGAUGGAAUACAGAGAGAAGAAAAAAGAUGAGCUAUUUGCUUCUUCAUGGUCAUCUUCUGGUAAUUCAAAAUAAACUAGAAAUAAGCAAGUGGAAAGACACUCUUCUGAAGUUGCUACCUCAGCAUUCCUUUCAUGUCCUCUAACUUGGUUCUCCGCUCACUGAAAAUCUGCUAGGUGGGAGGAGGCGGGGAGUAAAAGCGGAGGGCAGAAUGGAAAUUGCCAGCUCUUUGCUUUGAUAUUGUCUUGUCUCUUGUCUGAACAGACUUCCCGCUGCUACAAGCAAUGAUUUACAGGUUUGGAGAAGGAGCGAGGAAGCUGACAGGAUGUUUUUCAACUUAAGCAACCCAACCUUGAUACACAGGUUGCAGGGCAGGACUGGUUUGGCCCUGCUGCUUGAAAAGCAUUUUCAGUAGGAGGCCUAUGCCCUAAAAUCAACACAUGGAGACUGAGAUGUGUGGGGACCGAGCAUGGAUUUAGGUGUGUUUCUAGGAGUGCCCAGAGUUUGAGGCUUGUUUUAACAAUGUUACACUUAUCAGUUGUAGGACUGAUAUGCUGAUGACUAAUAUGUGUUUCUGACUUCUGGAAUCUGGUUCUUUUCUUCAACGUAGCUCACUUUCACUGCCUGGUAGGAACUGUCUUGCAUCUGUACUGCUUUCACUUGGUAACGCAGUGCCCUCUGCUGGUCCCAGGUCACAAGAUUUCUCAAGAAGCUACCUCUCUUGAAGCAAGCAGGACUUCCUACAGGCACAUCCAAAUUGGCUUAUCUGCAAAAUGGGGUCAGAUAGCAAGAAUACCUCUUUUAUUCUAAAGAUGAGUCCAAACUUUAAAACAAAUUAUCUUUUCUUCUUCAUGUCUUUGUCAUCUUAUGUUUUUGUGUCAUUUUUCUUUUUUGCCAGUUGAACUUGGCAAUGCCAUGUUCUCAUUAGGUUCAGUUCUCAAUCCCUUACUAGAAUCAGAGACCUCUUUGUUGUUAAACUUUCCCUGCUUGUCCUUGAAUUUUAGAUUAAAGGCCACGAUUCUGAUGUUGCUAGUGGAAACAGGACUAAGGAAAUGAAAGGCAGCCUGGCUAAGUUACUCUGACUCAGCUGUGUCUGGCUAGAAGUUUCGUAUCAGAAAAGGUAAAAGCCUAGAGAGAACUGCUCUUUUGUGUGGAGUACUGAUGUUGCAUGUGUAAGAGUCUAUUUGCUAAUGCAGUAUGUGAAAGCAUCUGUGGUAAGGUACUGCCUUGUAACUGAGCCUAACACUGAGAAGUUCAAAACUAACCUUUCUCUUCUCCCAGAUUAUGUUAGCCUCCCUUGGACAAGGGAAGCUGAAUUUUGUAGAGAGUAAGCACUGAGUGAUAUUUCAGGCAGGCUUUUCAGGAAUCUGUGUUUCAAGACUUUUAUAUGUGCAUUUUAUAACCAUUUUUAUGCCUAGUGCUAGGAAAAGUACAUUGGAUUGAACAUAAGAAAUAUGGCUGCAGAUGUUGUAGCAGAGUUUAUGAAGCACUUCAAGAAUCUGGGGAAGCAGCUGGGCUCAUUUCACUGGCAACAGUGUGUUGAUGCUGGCAAUUAGCUAAGGAGCAUGAAUACCAGCUAAAGAGGUUAAGUAGGAGCUCAGCCCACAAGAAAAGAAAAUGAAUAGGUUCUUUUGCUAGAAGCCACCUCAAAAAAAUGACAGAACCAGCUGGGAAAGCUCUUGCUUCCUCCAAAGAAGGAAG